CUUUUCUAGGUCAAAACAGAUCAUAUUCGACUUUGGUCCUUAGUAUUCAACAUGCUAGUUUGUUCUAGAUGGAAAAGUCAUCAAAAAAUGAAAUUGUGAUUAACACAUCCACUGGCGGGCGUUUUAAAUACGUGCCGCGUUUGAAUACGUCAUAUUACGAUGAUGAAUGUGCUAAUGAAAACUCCGACUCUAAAGCAACCGAAUAUGAUAAAAACGGAUUUGAAAUUGACUACACGUCCUCACCACGUUUUUCUGUCAAUUCUACAACAGCAAUUCAAGAAGGCUUAAAGUAUUUUAAUGAAAACGGUUAUGCGGUAUUCAGCGAUGUAUUAAGUGAUGAUGAAAUAAAAACAAAUAAAAAUUUGCUAUGGGAAUUUUUAGAACAAUUACCCAAUAGUCACAUUGAUAGAGAUAAACCCGAAACAUGGAAUAGAAAUUGGUAA